AUGACCCAGCAUGCUAAAAAAAGGAAGAAGAAGUCUUACACCACUCCCAGGAAGAAUAAGCAUAAGAGAAAGAAGGUUAAACUGGCAGUUCUGAAAUACUAUAAGGUGAAUGAGAAUGGCAAAAUCAGUCGCCUUCAUCGGGAGUGCCCUUCGGAUGAAUGUGGUGCUGGAGUUUUUAUGGCUAGCCACUUUGACAGACAUUAUUGUGGCAAAUGUUGUCUGACCUACUGCUUUAACAAACCCGAAGACAAGUAAUUAUAUAUGGGUCAAUAAAAGACAUGAACUAAAAA